GCGAAAACACAGCUGUCUCAGACCAGAAGCCCUUGUCUUGGUAGAUGACUUCUUGUGGAAGGCCCAUAUGAUCGCAGUGAUAGCUGUAAGCUGCCCUGUACGCCCCCGUCCGGUGCUUUUAUUGAUGAUCUAAACCUUUGCAUAGAGGCUUCGCGCAGCCGUCCACGAUGAAUAGCCAGCCCCUGCACCCAGGCCCCGGAGCCGCCUUUGAUCGCGAGCGCGACAUGGAGGAGCAACGCCAUCGUGCCCUCCAACAGGACGAGAUUGCCCGACGGGAACGAGAAAGAGAGCGCGACCGUGACCGUGACCGCGACCGUGAUCGUGACGACGCUGAGCGCCAGCACCGCGAACCCUACCAGCCCGCUGCCCCCCAUCACAGCAGUGCCGGCUCCCUCCCUAUCCACCAACCCGUCGCAUCCAGAAUAUCAAACUCCAUCACCGGCCCUGGAGGCUUGCUGGCAAAUCACAAUAAUCCUGCCCCCGCUCUGCCAGUUGGUGGACCUCCCGGCCCUGCGCCUAGUUUUGGUGGAGCGCUUCACUCUGCCGACGCCGGUCGCCCCCCUCAGCAUGGCGCCCCCGGAGCUGCCCCAGCCCCUCCGCACCAAAUGUUUGGACCUAUGGUACAUGGACCAAAUGGUCCUCCUCCCAACUCCUUGGGUGGUGCCGGUGGAGGGCCGGGACCAGCUGCCAUCUUCGGCGGGCCGUUGCAGCAGCAGCAGCAGGAGAAUGGGCGGGCGCUGGCGCAAGAAGGGGCCCGCAGCAUGCAGCAGCUCCCCUUUGGCCCCGGCGUAAAUCCUCCUCAUGGCAUGACUCCUGGCUCAAAUAACAUGGGCCAAGGGCAGCAGCCGAUCUUGAACGAUGCGUUAAGCUAUCUUGAUCAGGUGAAGGUUCAGUUCUCCGAACAGCCCGAUGUGUACAACAAAUUCUUGGACAUUAUGAAGGACUUCAAGAGUCAAACAAUCGACACGCCGGGCGUGAUCAAUAGGGUGUCCGAGCUUUUCGCUGGCCAUCCGACGUUAAUCCAAGGGUUCAACACCUUCCUCCCUCCUGGCUAUCGCAUCGAGUGCGGCCUGGAGAACAACCCCAAUAGCAUCCGCGUGACCACCCCAUCCGGGUCCAUGAUUCACUCGAUCGGAGCGCCCCGACCAGCGCAACUCGAGCCAGCACCUCCGACAUCGAACCCUCCUCAAGGAUACAUUGGCACCGUGAGACCUGGGCCGUGGCAGCAGGUUUUGCAACACAGCGUGGAAAGUCCCGAGGCUACCUUCAGUGUCCCGGCCCAGAACGGUCCACCAGGGUUCCCUGGCUCAAGCCAGAGCGCGUCUUUCGAAACUAGCCCGAAUCAACCAAGAUCAGUGCCGGCGGUUCCCAACGGUUCUGCCCUGAGCCAACCUCCAGUCCCGCGAACAGCACACACUCCAACACCUGGCGCCGGUCCACCAAGUGCAAACGGUUCUGCCGCUCAGCAGGCCAGCAUGGAAAAGCGGGGACCCGUCGAGUUCAACCACGCGAUCAGUUACGUGAAUAAGAUCAAGAAUCGCUUCCAGGACAAACCCGAAAUCUACAAGCAAUUCUUGGAGAUACUCCAAACGUACCAACGCGAGCAAAAGCCCAUCCAAGACGUAUAUUCGCAAGUCACGACGCUCUUCCACUCGGCCCCCGAUCUUCUCGAAGACUUCAAACAAUUUCUCCCCGAGUCGGCCGCGCAGAACCGAUCCGCCGGUCAGCGACCUGACGAAACGAUGCCCAUGGCAAUCACCACUCCCACGCCCCAGCCCGGCAGUCUCCAGCGCGACGGUCCCAAGAUGCCUCCGGUUGGCAAUUUUGCGCCACCGGCGAGCGCCGCGAAGGAGACCAAGAAGCGACGCGCCGAGAAACCUGCGACUGCCGCUUCUGCCUCUGUCGCGAACGAACAAGCGCAGUCAUCUGCUCUCCGCGGAUCGUUACCUGCCGCCACGACUGGCAACAAACGGAUGAAGGUGACGCACAAGCCCAACAAUGCCGAUGUUGCCUUUAUCGAGUCAACUUUGACUCCCACUAUGCCCGAGCCUCUCCCUCCCACUCCCAUCAACAUUUCCCACCAAGACGAGCUUGCGUUUUUCGAGAAAGUCAAGAAGCAUAUUGGCAACCGAACCGCCAACACAGAAUUCCUCAAGCUGAUCAACAUGUGGAACAACGACCUGAUCGACACACCUACCUUGGUCUACAAGGCGAACCAGUUUAUGGGCGGCAAUCCCGAGUUGCUUGCCAGUCUGCGGGCUAUCCUCAGGUACGACGACGCCACAGAUGAUUUCGUCGAGAACAAACCCGAGCCACCCACGGGCAAGGUUUCCCUGAGCAAUUGUCGCGGCUUCGGCCCGAGCUACCGACUCCUCCCUAGAAGGGAACGGCUCAAGCCUUGCACCGGCCGCGACGAGCUCUGCCAAUCGGUUCUCAAUGAUGAGUGGGCGUCACACCCGACCUGGGCCUCCGAAGACUCCGGUUUUGUUGCCCACAGAAAGAAUGCGUACGAGGAAGGUCUCCACCGUAUCGAGGAGGAGCGCCAUGACUACGACUUCUUCAUCGAGGCUAACCAGAAGUGCAUCCAGCUCUUGGAGCCCAUUGCUCACAGUAUGCUCAACAUGCCGGCGUCAGAAAGACACAACUUCACCAUGCCUGUAGGACUCGGAGGGCAGAGUACUUCGAUCUACAAGAGGGUGUUGAAGAAGAUUUACGGCCCGGAGAAGGGCUGCGAGGUUGCCAACGACUUGUUCCGAAACCCCUACGCCGUUGUACCUAUUGUGUUGGCGCGUUUGAAGCAGAAGGACGAGGAGUGGCGGUUUACGCAAAGAGAAUGGGAGAAAGUGUGGCAGAACCAGACCGAGGCUAUGCACCUCAAGAGUUUGGACCACAUGGGUAUCCAAGUCAAGAUCAGCGACAAGCGCAGCCUCUCUGCCAAACAUCUCGUUGACAGUAUCAAGACCAAGCACGAAGAACAGCGCCGUAUCCGUCUUGCAAAGGGUCAAACCGCACGAUACCAGUUUCUCUACAAGCUGGAAGAUCAGGGUGUACUCCUCGAUUUACUUCGCCUUAUGGUGGUCUACGUCAAUAGCAAUGGCGGACACAGCGGCGUGGAGAAGAGAAGGAUCAUCGAGCUCUUCGAGAAGUUUAUUCCCACCUUCUUUGACAUUCCCGACGAGAAGUUCCAGGAAAGAAUCAACGACAUCGAGGUGGAGUCCGCGGAAGAGGAUGAGGAUGACGGUACUCCUUUGGAGCUCACCAAUGGCCGCAGUCGUCGAAAUGGCAAGAAGUCCGACCUCCUUCGCGGCGUCUUGGAUCCCGGCCGCAACGGCAGUCGUAGCAGAGGGCAGAAGGAGGGCAGUGCCGCCUCGGGCAGCAAGGAGACAACACCCGACGUUGGAUCUGCGAACGAGGAAGAGAUGCCUGACGCCCCAGAGGAUGGCUCCGUUCCUGAGGUGUCGAAUGGCCGCUGGCUUCCCACGAUCCCACGACCUGCCAUUGUCGAUAAAAGCAAGGGUGAUCCAGCGAAUGACCUGGUCGAUGUGGACGGCGAGUUGAAGGCAGACGCUCCAUUCACCCGAUCGGUCUACAACUUCUACUGCAACCAGACCAUCUAUGUCUUCUUCACCAUCUUCACGACGUUAUACAAGCGAUUGUUGGAUGUCAAGGAGAGCAGAGCGAGCGUUUUCGAGGAGAUUGAGCGUGAGCAGGCUGAGAAGCCAGCCAAGACCUUGGGCACAGUCAACGGUGGCUUGAAGUUCUUUGACCCCACUAACCCAGAGUCCUUCUGGCCAAAGACUGUCCAACUGAUUGAGGACUACAUUGGUGGUGAGGUUGAUGAGAACCGGUACCAGGAUGUGUUGCGCCACUACUACCUCAAGAGGGGGUGGAAGUUGUACACCAUUCAGGAUGUCCUCAAGUCUCUGUGCCGUCUUGCGCUCCAGUGCAAUAACCCGGACGCAAAAGGUGAGAAGGCUAAGGAACUAGUCAAGGCCUUCCUUGACAGCCGGGCGCAGAGCGAGACGAGUUUCCAGAAUGAGAUCAGCAUGCGCAAGUUUGCCGAAAAGUGCAUCAAGGAUGGGGAGAUGUUUGUCAUUAGCUGGAACCCCAAGGGUAAAUUCGCCACCACCCGCUGGCUCCAAAAGGACGAGACAACGUUUUACACGGACGAGAUGGAGCGGGUGCAGCAGUGGCAGUACUACAUCUCGUCGUACAUCCGGAUCGAGAACACGGAAGGGAUCCCGCGGUCUCGGCUGCAAAAGGUGUUGCUGGAGCGGAACCUGCCCUCGGACGCUAAGGACUCCUCUGACGAUGGUUUCUUGCCCAAGCCGUUGGUGUACUCUGAGAACCUGAUUGUCCGGACCUGCCUCAACUCUUACAAGAUGGUGUUUGAGCAGGGCACUAGUGACUGCGCCGUCUACAGUACCGAUUCGGCCAGGGAGGUUGAGGUGGACGGGGACGAGGACGCGGCACAGGCGAUGUUUUCGGCGGAGUUGAGGGGGGAGAAGAUCAAGGAGAGGUUGUUGAUUAAUAACCAGUGGAUGAAGGGGCAUAGUCAUGAUGAGGUGCAGAGGUCGAAGGAUGAUUUUCAGAGGUGGAUGGAUGGGGUUGUUGGGGGGGUGGAUGGAGGGGAGGGACAGGGGCAGGAUGUGGCUAUGGAGGGUUGAGAUGGGGGGAAGGAUAUGGGUAUGAACGGAUGGAACUGAAUGGGCUUAUGGAGUUGGGCGCAUUUGUUCUUUCCCUUUGAGCAGAUUUCACUUUUUUUUUUUUCCGAGAGGGUAAAAGAACGAUAUCCUGGGUGUUUUAUGUUCCUUUUAUACAAGAAUACCUUAGUCGAGCGCCCCUUUUUACUUUUGCACAUAAGUUUGUUGUUGAGCUACCCGGUUCGGUUCACUUGUUGAUACGAUGGCGGGGAGGAUGGGGGCUGUUUUAGGUGUGAGUUGGUAUGUGACUAUGGUUGGGAGGGUAGAGAAGUUGGAGAGGCAGAAACAAGAGCUUAUAACUAUGGAGUUUUUUGAUGAAAAUGAUGGUAGUUUGGGAGGGAGGGGAGAAUUUGGCAGGUGAGGCGGACGGGCGUUUGAUAUCUGUGAUUAGACUUGACUGGCGGUCUUGAUCUUGGGGGCUCUCCUAUCUUUGUUUUUCUGUUCCUUGGAAGGGGUGG